UCUCCGUGGCGAUGGUGCGCUGGGAAGACGACGCAGAGAGCCAGGCACUGGCGGCGGAAGUUUUUCGACUUCUCGCUGUGGUGGCGGACGGGAAUGGCCUGCAGCUCCGUCGCAAUGCGUACGGAGAAGCCGCUUCGUUCACACUACCUGAAUGGACGCGGUACGCACAGGGGGUGCACGAGCAACUGGGAUCCAGAGCUUUCCGGUCGCUCCUCGAAAAGCAACUGCAGCCACCAAUCGCAGGUAGACAUUAAUUUGAUUUUGCCGUGUAGAAGUGAUACACUUCUUAACUGGAAAACAAGAAAAGAGCUGCUUUCACUGAAGGUGUCCAAAAUUCAAUCUACAGGUAGCAGCCACAAAGUGGUGGUCUAAUUCGUAAAACACAAAACAGCAAUUCAGGAGAACUUUCCGGACACCAAUGGGGAACUGCCGCCCCCCAAGCGCGUGAGCCGCAACAAGCGCGGGAGCUUUGCGAGCAACAGCCAGCAAUUGCGGCAGAACAACCUGCUGGAUGUGGACUCGUCGUCGCAGGUGACGGAGCGAACGAGUCCCGAAUCGGUUGCGGCGACGGGCGGCAGCGCCAACUCCUCGCAGUCGCUGGCCGGCUUCUCCGCGGCAGCGCGCGGGUACGCCGCCAGCAGCAGGAAC